AUGGGGAUGGGGUUCCUGGAGGUGAGCACGGAGGAGAACCCAGGUGCCAGUGCAGCGGGGCCAGCUCCCAGCCACACAACUGUCACUGCCAGGCCAUCACCAGAGCCACCUGCCACUGAGGACAAGCCCACAGCUGGGAUCACCUCGCUGGCUGUUGGCCACACAAGUGUGCAAGAGGCUACAGCUGCAUCCUGGACAGGUGCCACAGGUACCAGCGCCCAUGUGGAGACCCCCUGCUCUGAGAGCAGCCCCGAGGGGGCAGCACCCUCAGCCAGCUCCAGCAGCACCCAUGGCCCCAACUCCAAGGCCACUGGCACAAGCCUGGCCACCAUGCUGGCCACCACACCAUCCACCAGCACAUUCCCCAGCAAUGCUAACCUGCCAACCACCUCUACAGGCUGGGAGACCUUUGUGACCAGGGUCACCACAGCCAUGCCACCUGCCACAGCAGGGGCCACCAGCAUCAGGGUCACCACAGCCAUGCCACCUGCCACAGCAGGGGCCACCAGCACCAGCAGUGCCCCACCCCUGGCUGUAACACACAGCGAGACAAGCAGUGGGAACAACACUGCCAACGCUGCCACCACGGCAGGGAACACCACUGCCACCACUGCCACCACGGCAGAGAACACCACUGCCACCACUGCCACCACUGCCACCACAGCAGGCAGCACCACUGCCACCAUAGCAACCACUGCCACCACAGCAACCACUGCCACCACAGCAACUACUGCCACCAUUGCCACCACUGCAAGGAACAUCACUGCCACCACUGCAGGGAAUAACACUGCCACCACUGCCACCACAGCAGGCAGCACCACUGCCACCACUGCCACCACUGCCACCACUGCCACCACUGCCACCACUGCCACCACUGCAGGGAACAGCACUGCCACCACUGCCACCACUGCCACCACUGCAGGGAACAGCACAGCUAUUGCACCCACAGCCCCAGUGAGCCCAGCCAAGGAGGCAGGGAGUCUUCCAGCCCCGGGCACCACAGCACCAGUGAGACCACAAGCCACCACCAGCCCUGUCACCACCCUGUCUCAUGCCUUUGGGACACAGAGAGGACCAUCCACUGAACUGAGCAUAUCUGCCCACACCAUCCCUGGACACAGAGCUCCUGCACCUAAGCCCCAACCCACCCAUGAGCUUAUCAAGCCAGCGACCUCACUCUACCCCUUUGGCGUGGAAGGAGGGGACCAAGAGUACGUCCGGAGGAUGGUGGAUUUUAACUCACCCCUGUUCAAGCCAGAAAUUGGAUUUCCCUUUGGGAAGUCACUGCGAGAUGCUCUCUAUUUUACAGAUAACGGACAGAUCAUUUUUCCACCCACAAACAACUAUGUUCCAUCCAACCCCAACCCUCCUCCCUGGGGCUUCACUGGCCGGGAGAGCCUGCCAAUGGUGGCUGCCUUUUGGGACGAUGCAGACUUUUCCAAGGGUGUUGGCACCACCUGGUACCAGGAGUACUCUACACUCAGCUCCACCCGAGACCCUGUUGUCCAAGAUGUGGAAGCAAAGAUUGAGAAAUACCUGAAAAUCCCCUAUGUAGCAAAAUGGACCUUGAAGGUGACGUGGGAGAAAGCUCCAGCAUACCCAUCCCAGAGGGAUGACACUCAGACGAGCACCUACCAGGCAGUGCUCACCACGGAUGGGAGCCGCUCCUUCGCCCUGCUGCUCUACCAGGACGGCGGGAUGCGCUGGGACUACACCAAGCUGGCUGCAGCCAACGUGCUCAUCGGCUUCUCCAGUGGCAAUGGCUAUGCCCAAAACAACAAGCUGACUCAGAAGCCACCAGCUGUCAAGUACCGACCAGACCAGUACAGCAGCACCGGCUCUGAUGUGCGUGGGCUGUGGAUUUACAGGCUGGACAGUCACUCCCGGGUGAAUUACAGGCUGCAGUGCCUGGCGUGGCUGGACACAGAGCCAGCGCCGGCCACCUGGAACAGGCAGCUGCCACCAUGCCCCUGCUCCCGGCCCCAGGCAGAGCUGGAUCCCCGCUACCACUGGAGCAGAGGCCCAGAGGACACCUCGGUGAGGAUGCUGCGCACUGUGUCCCCCAGCCCAGCUGGAGCUGGGCUGCGAUGUCUGUACCAAGGUGUGAGCUUGCUCGAAGGCUGGCAGGAGAGAACAUGGAGCCUCCCCUUCCACACUGCCACUGACAGGGAGCUGGAAGCAUUUGACUGGUGCUGCCGGCGUGUGGGCAAGCCCCUGUUCUGUGCCAGGUUUGCUGAGAAGAGACCGAGGGUUGGCUGUGAAGGAUAUGUGCCACCCACCCCCGCUGGCGCCUUCGGGGACCCUCACAUCACCACCCUGGAUGGACUCACCUACACCUUCAAUGGGCUUGGGGACUUUGUCCUGCUGCUGGCCAGUGAUGCCCAGACCAGCUUUGUUUUGCACGGCCGCACAGCACAGACUGGCAUGGCCCAGGCCACCAACUUUGUGGCUUUUGCUGCCCAAUACAUCUCCAACACCACCACAACAGUUGAGUGGAUCUUGGGGAGCCAGGAUGACAUCCAAGUCCUCCUGAACAAUGAAACCAUCCAGUUUUCCUAUUCCCAAGACCUGGGUGACAAGGUUUACUACAGCCCUGGUGUCCUGCUAGUCAACAGCUCCUCUGUCACGGCCGUGUUGGACGGGACCAUCGCUGUGUCUGUCUCGGCCGCCUCUGGGAUCCUCAGCGUGCUCUGCAGCCUGCCCGACUGGUACCGCGGCAGCACCAGGGGCCUCCUGGGUGUGUGGGACCAUGACCCUGCGGAUGAUUUCCAGAUGCCAAAUGGUACCAGCAUCCCUGUGAACAGCAGUGAGGAGGAGAUCUACAGCUAUGGGAUGACCUGGGCUGUUGGGGAGCACAGCCUGUUCACUCAGCCUCUGGACUCACCAGCACAGAACUUCACACCCUUCUUCUUGUCUCGGCUGCGGCAGGAGAAUGAAAGCCAGUACCAGCUGGCAGCCUCGCAGUGUCACGGCAGCAAGGAGUGCAUCUACGAUUCUCUGAGCACAGGGAACUUGGCCCUGGGCCUGGCCACCCAGAGCCUUGCAGCUGACUUCCAGCAGAGGAAGACAGCUCUCAAUGCCUUCCCUCCUGUCAUCACUGGUGAUGCAUCAAUCACAGCCUUCAGGACAGAGAAGGUCAGAAGGCAGUACCAUGCCUUGGGGGUUGGUGCACGCUUCAUUCCCCAUCUCUCACCAGAGCUCAACAUAUCAGAGAAUGGCACCCUGAUAUGGGAGCCCCAUGGGAUUGCCCCAUUCACCAUCAACCUGGAGGCUGUUGGGUCCAACAACAUCUCUGCACUCCUCCAGCUUCGCUUCACCCUUUGCAGAUGCAGCAGGAGCCAGGAGUGUGACUACAGCAACACUGUCACUCUCAGGGAGUCUUCCCUGCAGCUGGCAGCCUGCAGAUGUGAGAGCGGCUACUCGGGUCCCUUCUGCCAGAACCCUCCGGAGCCCUGCUCCCAGGGAUGCUUCCCUGGCGUGGGAUGUGACCCUUCCAGCGGCUGUGGGCCCUGCCCACCUGGCCUGACAGGGGAUGGGCAGCACUGCUCAGAUAUCGACGAGUGUGCGCAGGGGACGGAGUGCCCAGAGAACAGCACCUGCACCAACACCGUGGGCAGCUACAUCUGCUCCUGCCUGGCCAGUGAGCAGGGUGAGAGGCCAGGCUGUGGCUCAGCCUGCGGCUACCACUCCUGCCCUGAGGGCUACUGCAGCAACGGGGGACGCUGCCACCUUCACCCCAUCACCUGCACCCCCACCUGCACCUGCCCCCCUGCUUUCACUGACCGGCGCUGCCAGGUGGCAGGGGGGGAUUUUCAGCCUCUGCCCAGCACAGAUCUCCCUCGGAGAAGCAUCCAGAUGAGGAUCAAGAGUCUGCAAAACACCACUGCAGAGGAAGUCAACAGCACUGUCUCAGCCAUCCUGGACUCCCUGGAGGUAAAGGCUUUCCAGAGCAACACCAACAUCACCCAGAUGACAGACGGCGAUGGCUUCACCUUCGUGGUGGUGUCGGAGUUUGCCUAUGACAGCCGCAGCUCCAUCAUCCGCUUCCUGAACGAGGAGCUGCCCGCAGCCGUCACCGGCGCCUUCAACGGGCGGCGGCGGCGGCGGGAGGCGGGCACGGGGCUGCUCUUCCAGCGCCUGCACCGGGACAACAUCACCGACCUGGUGAAGCUGACAGUGGAUGAGCUGAGGGACUAUUUUCCCUGCUCUCUGAAUGGCUACAAAGGCUACCAGCUCCACUACGUGGGGAGCAUCGGCUUCGUCUGCAUCUCCCCUUGCAAGACGGGCUACUGCCAGCACGGUGGCCAGUGCCAGCACCUGCCCGAGGGGCCCACGUGCAGCUGCCUGCCCUUCUCCAUCUACUCCCCGGCCGGGGCUCAGUGUGAGUGGCUGGCCAUCAGCCUGGCUGCCUUCCUCGGCAUCCUGCUGGGGGCCCUGGCUCUGCUCUGCCUCCUGUUUGCCAUCGCCUGCCUGGCCCUGCACCUCUGCCGCCAGCACCGCCGCCAGCACCAGGGGCCCAAGGAGACCUUGUGGAGGACACGGCCCUUCUCCUCUUUAACAAUGGCAGGAGAACAAGCAGAGCCCACCCUCUCCCACUCCCUGGAAAGGCACUGGAAACUGCAGCUUCAGGCCAUUGACCCCUCAGUGCAGAUCAGAAUCCAGAGACCCCACGUUAUGCCUCCAAACCAGUCCCCCCAGCAGCCCUGACCUGCCUCUGGUCCUUUCCUGGCACCUCCAGGCUCACAGAGGAACCAGACUCUGCUGCCUGCUCUGCUGCUUCCUCUCAAGAUCUCCAGCAGCAGCCACUCAUGGAAGCAGGGGACAGGCAGCUGCCUUUUGGGUUCUGGGAGGAUUCACUCUGGAGGGGUUUUCUCAAUGUGUGUUUAUGUUGGGUGACCAAAGCAGGAGGAUUUCACCUUCCCUUGAGGACCUGCAGAGACACCUGGGGUCACCCUUGAAUGUGUCUGCACCAGGCUAUGUGCUAGUGCAAUAUAACCAGACCUUGCAGAGCCCCCAGGAGCAGGGUCAGGUGGGGCAAUGCAGUGAUUGUAAUCCCUUAGGAACCAAAUAGAAUAAACCAAAAAUGUUGGC